ACGAAAACUGAGAGACUCUUCCCUCGUUUUCUCAUGAGGUUGGUAGUCUGUUCUCACCGUUGUACGCGGGUUUAUCACCAUGAAUUCAACCAGUGGACAUUGCAAAGGAUCUGAGCUGCACGAAUUUCUGCAGGUUGUUUUCAAAUGACUACAUCAUAAACAAGCUGAAGAUGCAGGGGGCCAUUGCACGAGUGUGUAUGGUGGUGGCUGCUGCCAUACUGAACCAUCCCUUGCUGUUUCCUCAAGAGAACACCACACUUCCCCUGGACCAGGAUGAGGAGCUGAUGGCUCGCAUGCGGGAGCAUGAGGAGAGGAUGGCAAUGGAGCAGGCCAGGCUGGAAAAGGAGCUGUCACAGCUGGAGUCAAAGCAGGAAGAAAACAGUCCAGAGGAGGGUUACAGUUGGUACUUUUGGAGCGCUGUGUCAUUUCUUAUUUUCUUCACUAUCGAGAUGUGCAGGGUGGAUCUUGCUGAUGCAGAAAUCAGGCCCCUUGAGGAUGAAGACAUGCUUUCAGAGAGCGAGUCUAUCAGCCCAAGGACGAUGGUACUAGAUAAGGAUGUCCUGAUCAACUUCUGUGACAGAUCCACUUAUACAUCAGCCCAUGAGAACUGGAGGGUGAGGGAGUUUGUGGAGGGAUUUGCUGAUGAUCUGCUGGAAUCGUUGAGGAGUGUGUGCGACAGGGAGGCCGACAUGGAAGUCGGGGACUUUGUUGGGAUAGGGAGCAUGUUUGAGUCUUGGAAGGUGUGUAAGCCACUAAUGUGUGACCUUUUGGUGCCUUUCUUGCCUCCAGAUCCGCACUUUUUUCAGUUCCACCUGUGGUGCAGCCCCUCCAGUGAUGUGCCUGUACUCAUGCAGGGCUGUGGCAAAAUAAAGGUGGUCAAGGAGGAGGGUUGUCUCUGUGGCUCUGCUAAUCUAGGAGAAGACAUGCUUUGUCUGUUGCACAGCAGAAAUGAAGUCAUCAAAGUAGACCGCAGUCCUGAUGAGCUCCUGUGCUCUAAGAACACACCUUUCUUGGCCAAAGAUCAAGUCAUGAAGUGGUUUCAGAUUUCUGUUACUAAAGCAUGGGGUCGCAUCUCUCACAAAUACGACUUUGAGGUCACUUUCCGCAACCUGGAUGAUGCUGGUGCUCUUAAGAUCCGGUUUCGCUCUGGGAAGGUCAUUGUGAUGAACAUCAUACCAGUGGUUCAGUUUGAGGAUACAGAUGCUUAUUUUGUCUCUCACUUUCCAUCAGAUUGUGAGAGCCCUCCAGACCCACACUGGCCUCUUUCUCUUGCCGUCUAUGAGAGGAAUUUGUUGAAAUAUUUUGCUAAAUGCCUGCCACAACAUUCCUGUCAUUUGCACUGCCUUCGGAUUGUAACUUUCCUACACAAAAAGCAAACAGUGCUCACAGGAAAGAGUGCGUUCACAAACUACCACUUCAAGACUGCUCUGUUGCACAUGUUGCUGAGUAAAAAACCCUCCUCGUGGGGCUUUGACAGCAUGGAGCACAGGCUUCGGGACUUGUUUUGCGUCAUGCAGAGGAGUCUGCAGGAGAAGAGACUUCAUCACGUUCUCAUCGGGAACAGUAAAGUGCCAGAAGAAGUCAGGGUCCCAGAGAUAAUUCGCAAAGCAGAACCUGUCAAUCUGCUGCGACCUCUGGUGCUGCAGACAGAGCUUUACACAGCAACGGUCAAACAUUUUCAAGAGAUGUUGAGAAAUGCAAAUGUGCUUAUCCAAGAGUACACACCUCACUUAUCAAAUGGAGGUUUGCACCACAGCAUAGAUGAGAGUUUGUGAGUUUCGGCCUUGUCUUCUUAAUCGUCUCUAUUCUUAGCACUUGCACGUCAUUUGGUUUCACUUAGAAUGUACCAGACAGUUGGACCAGACAUACAAGUACUGAGAUGAAAAGUUUCAUAUACUGAAGUUAUUUUCGCCAUAUCAGUUAUUAAAACACAGUGGUUUCUGCUUCAGCUGCCUUUGUUAACUUGAAAACUUUAGCAGUGUAUUAAAAUACUGUGUAUCAUCCAAACAGUUCAUUCUCACCAUCAACAGUGGGCUCUUUUGUUUUCUAAAUCCAGUAAUGAGAUAGUCUGUGUCCUAAAACAGGGGUGUCAAAGUCAAUCACAGCAGGGGCUGGAUUCUGGAUUCAGUUCUAACCUGAGGGCCUAACAGGGUCACCUUUUUAACCAUUAACUAUCAACCUAAUUUCACCAGUAAAAGAUAAUGAAAACAAAAUCUUAGCACUGAUGAUGAAUGAUUUUGAAAUUUAAAAAGUUAAAAGGACAAAUCUUGGGUGCGCAGAUGGUCGAGUGGCUUAAGUCGCUACCCAUGUAUGCGGGUGGCC